AUGAUCGGUACCACCCAAAAAAGCAUGGAUAACAUGACUAUCCGGCCUCCAGCUAGUUCUACUGAUCAAUUGAUGCCGUUAAUCUAUCAUCGUGACCAUGCCACUGAAGGGCAGCCGGCGUCGGAGCUCAUGACCGGCGGCACAACUGACACCAUUUUCAGCUCAAGCAACAGUACUCCAGUCGUAGUACUACCGUUGAGUACCACUCCAAAGGGUUGUAGUAGUACUGGAUCGAAACCAAUCCGAAGGAGGUCUAGGGCAUCCAAGAGAACACCCACCACACUGCUCAAUGCUAACACAGGUAAUUUUCGAGCCCUGGUGCAACAUUAUACCGGUUGCCCGAGCCCGGCGGCGGCCGGCACCAUCUCGUUUGGGAACCGGAAAGGACCGGUACUCAACUUGGACUUUGGAAGAGGUGGAUCGUUAGAAGUAGAAAACCAACGAAUUAUAAGUUCAGCAUUAACGGCACCUUUUGGUAACAGUAAUUAUCAUUAUCUUGAUCAACAAUAUUCUGAUCAUUUUCAAUCUCAAGGCCAGCAUCGUCUAGCAGAGUACAAUCAACGCCGCCAUGAUCAACAGCAACAACUGCUACUGCAGGAGCAGCAGCAAAGUAAGUAUUGCAAUAAUAUUUCUGGGGAUGUUUUUGUUUCGGAAUCCAGCAACGUCGUCCCUAGACCAAACGUGAAGAUUUCUGAGGGGUUUGCAAGAUUGGAUGACGAUAACAUUUCUUUUUAUCAUGAGCUACCUAAGAAUUCUUUUUUUUCCAGUGGUUUUAAGAAUCAUGAUGGUUUCUUUUAGAAUUUAGCUAGAGGCCGGAUAAGAUCAUUAGUAUUUUUAUUUUUUGCUUUGAUCAGAAUAAUCUUCGAUCAGAUGUACGUGCAAAUUAUUGUUCAUCUUAAGCCCAUAUGUAUAAUAUGCUAUCAAGAAAUGAUCUCAUCAUGUACUAGAUCGAUCUCUAGUUACGUACGUGUGUCAAACAUAGUAGAAGCUGCUAGA